AACAAACCAGUACUGUAGCAGCAAAAAGAAGAAGUAGACGAGCGUUAGAGUUCCGCGCUGUUCAGUAGGUAAGAUGGCCACUGCAAGAGCUCUAGCCACCAUGGCAGUUUUCCUCCUGGUGGCCCUCUCCACCUCCCACAUCGCGUCCUCGCUCCGCCCAGGUCUCGGUGUGUGCCGUGCAAGUGGCUACCUUCCAGGAAAGUCAGGCAACUGUGAGAAGAGCAACGACCCCGACUGCUGCGAGGAUGGCAAGAGAUACCCGCAGUACCACUGCUCGCCGCCGGUCACCGCGACCACCAAGGCCGUCUUGACGCUCAACAGCUUCGAGAAGGGCAAGGACGGCGGCGGUCCGUCCGAGUGUGACAAUUCCUACCACAGCGAUAAGGAGAUGGUCGUUGCGCUCUCCACCGGCUGGUUCAAGAACAUGGCCCGUUGCGGGCACCGCAUCAAGAUCAGCGCCAAUGGCAAGUCUGUGUAUGCCAAGGUGGUGGACGAGUGUGACUCCGUCUAUGGCUGCGACGAAGACCACAACUACGAGCCCCCGUGUGCUAACAACAUCGUUGACGCCUCUCCUGCGGUGUGGAAUGCCUUGGGGCUCGACCAGAACGUCGGCAUGGAGGGCAUCACCUGGUCCGAUGAGUGAGCGUUUGAAACAAAGGUGAGCGCAGGUUGUUGGUACCACUAGUCGGUCAAGUGUCAUGUGUAUAAUGUUCGCUGUCAGAGAGAAGUCCAGUAUAUACAGAUCCUAUACGGGGUGAGU